AAGGGUCGAAAAAGGUGGUACGCUAUAUCCGAAAGUACGUUUUAAACGAGUACGUUACAAGCGGGACUAUACUGUAUUAAAGACGUCACUUAGCGACCAGUCCAUAGAAUCCUUAAUAUGACGUCAAAAUUGGGGAAUCAAAAACCGAUACAUCGAUAAUAAAAACUGCGAGAUUCCAUUGAGAUGUUCAAUAAUUAUUCUGUACUGCCGUACUGUUUAGAGCAAUUUUCAAACAAUAGGCUGGUGCAAGAAUGCGAAAAUGGAAAGAACAUUCAGUUGCUGCUACUUCUGAGUGAAAAAGUCAAAGAAAAGCCAGGUAAAGUCGAACAGGAUCGUAACAACAAGAAAAGCGAAAGCAAAUGCGAAUCUCUGCAACCAUGGAAGGUCUGUUCCGACAAUACAUCACAUAAAAUCGAUUUGCUGGCUGAUGAUGUCAUCAACAUACAGAGGCAGUUAAGGCGCUCUAACAGAAUUGUCAAUGAUGUAACGGGUACAUUUGGUCAGCAAAACCCAAAAGGUUGCAGUCAAAAUUGGAUUUCUGAGGAAAAAGCAUCGAAAAGCAGAACACAGAGCGGCAACAACAAUCAAGUCAAAAUAGAAACAAAGAAAGAACGUUACUGUGGUGAGUUCAAACAUUGUUCAUCACCGGAAGAGCAUAUUAAAAGUAUGUUUAGUCGUACUCCUGCAAGAAGAAGAAGUUUUAGCAGAAGGAGAGGAAUAGUAAUUCACGAAUAAACCUAUAUAAUACAGUAAUAUUGCAUCAAUUUCAGUUAUCGUAAAGACGUGACGUUCAAAAUUCUGAAAGAGAGCAUCGAAUUGGUGACAAAAGACAGAAGAAUAAGCACCACCAAAGACACGUGUGCCCCAGUAUGUUGUUCUCAGGUUUUGACAAAAAUAAAGGCAAUGAAAAGAAACCAAAAAUGCAUAUCAAAAGCAAGUUUUGUAUGCUACAAUUUGAAUUUCGAGGAGAGAAAUGGACUUAAAGAAGAACUAGGCUGUCUCCGAGUUAAUACCAUUGAUGGUAUAAAUGAGGGAGCAAAAAGGAUUGAUGAAAAAGAAGAAACUAGAAGUUAUAAUAUUCCGAGCAUAACACUGCCUUCUUUGAAAGAGAUCCUAGAAUAUCCAUUGGUAAGUCUGAGGCUUUGGUUUGUCAAAAGAUACGAACAAUGAUAGGUAAUGACGAUUACACUGAAAAAGUCUGUUAGGUAGUGAUCGAUGACGUAUAUACCGAUACACACGCAUUGGUUUAUAGAACAGGACAAUUCAAAAUUGCAACUUCUAGUAUCAUAAGGGGACUCUUUUUUAUGUUGAUAUGUGUGGUUUAUAGCAAAAGAUCCGGAAAGAGAACUUUGAGGUUAGCCAAGGAUGCAGUUAGUCAUAAAAGCUCAAUUUUGUAUCCUAACACGACAGCAGUUUAAAUAAAACAAGAUUGUUUAUAGGGAAACGAGAAAGAACCGUAACAUAAUAUAAAGAGGAAAUAAACAAAUAAACAUUUUGCGUAGUACAUAUUAACUUGUUAAAAUUUAUCAAGCAUUUAUCAAUAUUUAAAAAUUUGGUUUGAAAAAUAGUUCAUUUUCCAUCUUUCCAUCCAUCUUAUCGAACAUCUCUUACUCUCCAACAUUUGAAUUCUGAGCAAUGGCUCAUUUGUUUUCUUUUCUUCAUUUUCUAUUUUAUCCAUGACUCAGUUUCUAAGCUAAAUUAUGUUAUGUCGCAGGGCAAGAAAUCAUGGGAAGAAAAGUCGACAUCAUCUGGGCGUUUGCAAAUUCACAAUCGAAGAAAAAAGAAAACAAGAAGAAGGAUUUCUUGUACUGCAACCAGAAAAACUACAAAUGCUAGUGAUAUCUCUUGUAAAAAGAAUUACCAAGCUAACUUGCGAGAAAGGCAAAGUAAACGUGGUAAAGAAUUUCUAAAUUAUUUAAGGCCUAAGCUCCCGCAAGCAGCAAUGCCAAGAAGAGAGAGGAAUUUUUAUGCAUGCAUUGUGCCAAUGAGUAACUGCAAAUGAGAUGUUUAUUUUUCAUGACAGUAUUGACAUUGAUGAUUUGAAAAUCGAAAAACGUCUUUUUUCUACUAAUCCCUAAUUAAACAUGAAUCUGAUAUGGCAAAGUGGGUUCACAUCAGCCUAUCUUUUGCAUGUACUAGGCCUUUAGCUGCUUGUAUACCCAAAAUAACAAAAAUAUGCACUUGAUGCCAAAAAUGAUGUAAU